CCAUUUUGGCCACUAAAAUGAACGGUGCCCACUGUUGUAUGCCACAGUAUACAUUCACAUAAGAUACAGAUACCUGUGAGGGCAGCAUAAGCCUGCCCGUCAUUUGAAAAGUUGCCAUUUUUAGCAUUUGAUCCAGCAGUAAAAAGAAGUGUAAGUUCUUCCAUUAUAUUUCUCCAAUCUUUUUUAAUCCGCUUCUAGUUUGUGCUCCAAAUCUGCAGGAUGUGAUGGCAGCGUAAGCGCAAUGUGAACCUGGGCUUGUCACCAGAGAGAACUGCUACAACGUGUAAAAGGCCGUGAGAGGCUGCGGCGUAACAACGGAGACGUUAACCAGCGUGCUCCGCCGGCGUCAUGACGUAAAGGGGCGGAGUUUGGGUGUCGGCGGAUGACAGUGGGAGGAACCGAGGAAUGGAAAAAAAAUAGCAACAUCCGGGAACCUGGCAGGCACAGGAGCGAGGCGCAAAAUGGCCGCCCGGAACUAAGCUACAACUUCAGAAGUUUGUGGUGCAGAUUCCAUUUUUUGUGAGUGCUGGACUGGACCACAAGCUACCGGCAUUGAGAAGACUGUCUUCUGUUAGAAUUCCAUACAAUCGAAUUUCAGUUUUUGCUUCAUCUCUGAAAGGAGUCACACAGAUACAUGUGUUUUCAUGAAGAGGGGGGAGAAACCAGAGGGCUACAGGCAAAUGAGGCCUAAAACAUUCCCAGCAAGUAAUUGCCCAGGCAAUAGCAGACAGAUGUUGCUGGAAAUACGCGAGAGCCUCCGCCAUCUACCCAAACCAUCUGAUGUUGGGAAGGCUGAGCAGGGGCCACCUAAAGCUGAUGAUCCAAGACAGGGUCGGAAUCCUCCUAAAUUUGUCACUUAUCACAAAGCUUUGGCUGAGAUUCGCAACUCUUUGCAGCCUUUUGCCAACUCCACUAAUGCUUCUCAGAGGAGUGGAAAUGAAGUAAAUCGAAAAAUGCUCCAUGACCUACAGGCUGCUGGGUUUGAUGAGGAUAUGGUGGUCAGAGCUUUACAGCAGACUAAUAGUCGCAGUAUAGAAGCAGCAAUUGAAUAUAUCAGCAGGAUGAGUUGUCAAGAUUCAUAUAGGGAAACUCCAAUUGUUGCUGCAGGAAGAUCACACAACACUGGAAUGAUACCUUCAGGUAAUAUUCAGCAUUCUGUUAAUCGCCGGCAGAGCUGGAAAGGGUCAAAGGAGUCCUUGGUUCCCCCAAGACACAUCUCACCGUUGUCUGACAGUGUUGUUUAUGGGGCAUCAGAAAUUCAAAGUACCCAAACAGAUAUGGGAAGGCCAUUGUCUGGAUCAGGCCUUCCAGCAUUUGCCCAGGCACUUCCAGGAAAUGGUCAGCGAGUCAAUCCUCCACCUCCUCCACAAGUCAGAAGUGUUACCCCUCCUCCACAACCUCCACCCAGAGGUACUGCUCCAUCCCCACAAUCGUGGGAACCAAAUUCACAGACAAAGCGUUACUCCGCUAAUAUGGAUUUUGUUAUUUCCCGUAUAUCUCCAGUUCCACCUGGAGGUUGGCAGGAGGGAUAUCCCCCUCCAAAUAUGAACUCUGCACAGAUGAUGAACCCACAGUCUCAAGGACAGAGAUCUAUUAAUCCUGUGCCUGUAGGAAGACAACCCAUCAUAAUGCAGACAAACAGCACCAGCAAAUUUGGGUAUGCUGGGAGGCCUGGCAUGCAGAAUGGUAAUGGACAAGCUGAAUUCAUAGCGCACCAAGGGAAUAACAAUGUAGGAAGGAGUCAGCCACCACCGUAUCCUAUGUCAAAUGGUCCGAACAGUACAGCACUACAGAUGCAAGGCAGUAAUGGACCAAUGUCUCCUCCUGCUUUUAACAAUGGAAAUCUUCCCUCAUCUAUGCUAGUACCAAAUAGAAAUAGCCACAACUUGGAAAUGUACAACCUAGGCAUUCAAGGCCAUCCAACUUCAUGGCCACAGUCCUCUUCAACCCAGUCCCCCCAAGGAAAUCAUGACAUGCCAUCAUGGCAAAAUAAUAUUCCUGUGAGGUCCAACUCUUUCAAUAAUCCAAUGGGAGUUCGCCAGGUGCAUCCUGCUAAUACUCAACCUUCCGCCACAACUGUGACUGCUAUCACUCCUGCCCCUAUACAGCAACCUGUAAAGAGCAUGAGAGUGUUAAAACCUGAACUUCAGACUGCGCUGGCACCUGCACAUCCAUCUUGGAUGUCCCAGAGUGUACAACCAGGACACUACUCUGAAGUAGCUGCACAUAGCAACCUGCUGCCACAACAACCAGAAGCACCAAAUUAUCAGGGGCCGCCACCACCGUACCCAAAGCACUUACUGCAGCAAAACACAACUGGUUAUGAGGGGGGCUUGAAAUCUGGCAAAGAUGAUACAUCUGUUCCUCACUCCAUCCAAGAAGAAGGCGAUAAAAACACUGACGCUCCGGUUGAGGCCACAGAAAAAGAAAAGAAACAGAUCACAACAUCACCUGUGCCUGUAAGGAAAAACAAGCGAGAUGAAGAGAGAAGAGAGUCUCGCAUCCAGAGCUAUUCACCCCAGGCGUUUAAGUUUUUCAUGGAGCAACAUGUGGAAAACAUUCUUAAAUCCCACCAUCAGCGACUGCAUCGAAAGAAGCAGCUAGAAAGCGAAAUGUGCCGGGUGGGUCUGUCGUCAGACGCUCAAGACCAAAUGAGGAAAAUGCUGUGUCAGAAGGAAUCUAACUAUAUCCGACUUAAGAGAGCCAAAAUGGACAAAUCUAUGUUUGUAAAAAUCAAAACUCUGGGAAUUGGUGCCUUUGGAGAAGUGUGCUUGGCCAGAAAGACAGAUACCAAUGCUCUGUAUGCAAUGAAAACGUUACGGAAGAAGGAUGUGUUGUUACGCAACCAAGUAGCCCAUGUCAAGGCUGAGCGAGACAUCUUGGCGGAGGCAGACAAUGAAUGGGUAGUACGACUGUACUAUUCCUUCCAGGACAAAGAUAACCUGUACUUUGUCAUGGAUUAUAUUCCAGGUGGGGAUAUGAUGAGCCUUCUUAUCCGCAAAGAGGUGUUCCCUGAAGAUUUGGCUCAGUUUUAUAUUGCAGAGCUUACUUGUGCAGUUGAAAGUGUCCAUAAAAUGGGCUUUAUUCACCGUGACAUCAAGCCUGACAACAUCCUUAUUGACCGUGAUGGUCACAUUAAGCUCACAGAUUUUGGCCUGUGUACGGGAUUUCGAUGGACACAUGACUCAAAGUACUAUCAGAGUGGGGACCACCUCCGACAAGACAGCAUGGAUUUCAGCAGUGAAUGGAGUGAGCCAGCGAAUUGCAGGUGCAGCGACAGACCAAAGCCUCUUGAGUGGCGAGCAGCAAGACAACAUCAGCGCUGCUUGGCACACUCUCUGGUUGGGACUCCUAACUACAUUGCUCCAGAGGUCCUGUUGCGUACAGGAUAUACGCAGCUCUGUGAUUGGUGGAGUGUUGGAGUUAUACUUUAUGAAAUGCUUGUUGGGAAGGCUCCUUUCCAUGCAGGGUCACCACUGGAAACACAAAUGAAAGUAAUAAAAUGGCAAACAACACUCCAUAUCCCUCCUCAAGCCAAUCUCUCCCCAGAAGCUUCUGAUUUAAUAGUGAAGCUCUGCCGGGGACCUGAAGAUCGCUUAGGCAAGAAUGGCGUUGAUGAGAUUAAAGCUCACCCGUUUUUUAAGGGCAUAGACUUUUCUAGUGACUUGCGUCAACAGCCUGCCUUGUAUACUCCCACUAUUACUCAUUCUACGGACACGUCCAACUUUGACCCAGUGGAUCCAGACAAACUCUGGAAUGAUGAAGAUAAAGAUGGAAAUAAAAAUGACACCCUAAAUGGGUGGUAUAAAAAUGGCAAACACCCUGAGCAUGCAUUUUAUGAGUUCACUUUCCGGAGAUUCUUUGAUGAUAAUGGACACCCAUACAACUAUCCUAAACCUUUUGAAUAUGACUGUGAAGAGACACAGAGCAACGGCUACCAACAGUCUGAAGCAGAAGAUAGUGGUCGUGGAGGGAAGAGACCUACAAACAGGGACUUAGUAUAUGUAUGAAUAGGACACAAAUGGGUCCGUGGAAUCGCUCGUAUAUGCAGUUUUUUGUUUCAAGAGGUGUGAGCCGAGGCUUCUUUCUGCUACAUUGGAAACCUCAAAAAUCAAGGAGUGCGCUUAUUUUGUGACCUCUAGUGCUUUAGCACUAUUGGUAACAUUCUCAUCUUAAAAAGAGAUUUAUCCAAGCAGUAGUUGUCGCUGCUCUUAGAGUGAUGCUGGAAUUUAUCCUCGCUGAAUUUUAAAUAUAAAUUGAACAUUUUUCUUAUCACAGCACCUUGUUUUUACACUUUUCUGUGUUUUCAGAUUACCCUUUCUAUGUGUUAUUAGGCACACGGUUUAUUCCGUCAGAAUGGACUGGGAGGUUUAAUUUAAUUUUAAACUGUAAAGGUACAAGUUUUGCAAGACAAUGAGGGACAUUUAUAUAAAAAAAAGUUCAUUAAAAGUCUCAUAAUGGUUAUAUAUCAAUUUAUGUAUUUAUGUAAUUUCAAGUAUUUAUAAGACAUCAUAAAACAGAAUAUUCAAAUUAAAGUUUGAGACAUCUGGAUCCUAUGGAGAAUUUUGAAAAGAAAAUAUGGAUUGUCAGGACCAUCAUUUAUGUUAAGAAAUCCACUGUUUCUAUCAAAUGCAGCCACUUGGGAAUAGAACAUGCAUAUUAAAGGCUAUGGAAUAUUUAUUAAAGAUGCAUUGGUUCUGCUUCUAUCACACUAAUUUUGUCGUGAUUGUACCUUGUAAAAUUUGUGACAUUGAAGAUUCUUUUUAUUGCCCAAAAUGCAGAUGAGGAUUUUUCAUAGACUUCAUCUUGAUUGUUUUUGUUCCGCUUAAGAUAUCAGACAUUAUUAACCCCUA